AUGUUGUCCAUGCAGAAUUCUCCGCUAUUCGCACACCCUGAUUUAACCGGACCGGGCUUGCAGGACGAGGGCUGCUCCGGAGGCCCGAAUAUCCCCGCCGUGCCCGCUGGCUUUUCCGGCAUCAGGGCCAGCAUAUCUAGCACCAGCACCGGCGCGAGUCCCGAUGAUACCUCGACCGAUUCACCAGACUGGCAGCGCGGGUUGGACAGGUCGCCGCCAGCGGAUCUGGAUGCGCCCGUGAAUGUAGUUAGCAGAUCACCCGACGUCUACGACCCCCGCGCGCACGACCAAGACAUGGACGACGGACUGCCCAAGGUGGAGGAGUUGGACGACGAGGACAUCCAGAGCAUCAAGCCGUCCGAGGUGGGGAAUCAACAGAACGCGGGCGCUCCCGCCGCCGUUCCACGGAAACGUGGACGCCCUCGCAAACACCCGCUGCCUGCACCGGGGAACCAGGCCAAGGUCACCAAGGGCCGGUCCAAGACGGGCUGCAUCACCUGUCGCCGCCGCAAGAAGAAAUGCGACGAGACCAAGCCAGCAUGUCUGAACUGCCAGAAGAAUGCCGUGGUCUGUGAAGGUUACCCGCCGAAGGAGAUCUGGAAGAGCGGGAGACAGAAGAUGGCGGACGCCGUCCUCACCCACUCCCUCGCAACCGUCCCGCGCAACCUCCCCCUCCUCAUCGACGGAAUCGAAACCGAUAUCGACCGCCGUUUCCUCGAUCACUUCGUGUACGGCUUCAGCCGCGUCCUGACCCUCAUCAACGAUGAUUCGAACCCGUUCAAAGAGAUCCUUCUCCCGAUGGCGACCCAACACCGGGGGUUGAUGCACUCGCUGAUGUGUUUGUCGGGAUCGCACCUGUCAGGACUCGAUCCGGAACCGAAGUUGAAGGAGCGCAAAUACUACCAUUUCCACCGGGCGAUUCAGGACCUGAAGGACAAUAUCACGGCUUCAUCCGCGCAGGGAGAUGACCAAGAGCAGCAACUCCUGGUCGAGGAUCCGAUCAUCGCUUCGACCAUUGCGCUCAGUCUGAAUACGAUCUGCGAAGGCGAAACGAACGGUGAAUACCGACCGCACAUGGAUGCCGCUCGGUACCUGCUCGUCUCGCAGCAGCCGCGGAACGAAAAGUUUCGCCAGUUUAUCGUCGAGUUCUUCCAGUACCACGAUAUCUCGAACGCUCUCACAUCUUUGGACCGUCGUCCUUCUCUUCUUCCCUCCGGACUGCGGCUGCCUGAUUUCGUACCGGGUGCGCAGGCAGGUAUGUUUCUUGGGGUCUUCGAUGGUCUAUUCAACCAUAUCUCGGAGAUCACUCAGCUGCGGGACCGUAUCCGGCAACGCUUCAACGAGGGAUACGAACCGGCAGUGGACUACCAGACACUGAGUGAGGCAGUCCAGAUCGACACCGCGAUCCGGACCUGGAAAACUUCGCACGAAGAAGAUACCCCGAAUUGGUUGCUGGCUCAACUCUACAGGCAGUCUACAUGGGUCUAUCUCUACCGCACUAUCCGACCCUCGCGGCCUAGCGACAAGAUCGCUCAAGUUGUGGAUGACGGCCUGUCUUAUUUGGACCGCUUGCCGCAGGAUGCGGGUGCAUAUAGCAUUGUCCUGAUGCCGCUGUUCCUUCUGGGUUGCUCAGCAUUUGUGCCGGCGCAGCGCGAGCGUAUCCAGAAAGGAUUCGAGUCUCUUCAGGCCUAUUCGAACCUACGCAACAUCGAACCGGCUUUCAAGGUGGUGACGCGUGUCUGGGAGAUCAUGGACACUCAAAUCGAGGACAGCUGGGAUUGGGAGAAGAUCAUCCGUGACAUGAACAUGGAUUUUCUCAUCACCUGA